UCAAAUCGCUUCUACUAAUUACAUUUUAAAAAUUCUCUCUUAUUUCUUUCUAACCCCCAAUAGUUUCAUUGUUUCUUAAAACGAACCCUGCUUUCCCCAGUUCAGAAUUCGCGAAGGAAAAAUGAACCCCAGAACUGAUAAACUCGUAAGAAGGACGACUAUGGUGGCUACUGUCACUGCUUCCUAUUUUCUUCUCACUGCUGAUUAUGGCCCUGAACCCAAUGUUCUUGACCCGGUAUAAUUUCUAAUUGCGUCCUUCAAUUU